ACCGGCGCCAACAUGGGCGGCAAGAGCACCCUGCUGCGGGCCGCCGGGCUCGCGGUGCUGAUGGCCCAGCUGGGCUGCUACGUGCCCGCUCGGGGAGCCAGAAUGGACCCCGUGGACAGAAUAUUCACAAGGAUGGGCGCACACGACCGCAUCAUGUCGGGUGAGAGCACCUUCCAGGUGGAGAUGGGUGAGGCAGCCGCGGGGUUGUGCUCCGCCAGCAGGGCCUCCCUGGUGGUGUUGGACGAGCUGGGUCGCGGU